AUGGAGGUAAAGGCAGCAUCCUCACCGGCUGUUGGCAGUGAGUGCUCGGUGUCGGCGGAGGAGACUGAGAAGUGGAUGGAGGCAGCUAUGCACAUGGCUACUCGGCAUGCAGAAAUGGUGGCCAUUGAUCAGGUCCUAGAUUGGUGUCAUUGCAGAGGCAAGAGCCCUUCUGAAGUCUUUGAGCACACGGUACUCUACGUCACUGUGGAGCCCUGCAUCAUGUGUGCAGCUGCUCUCCGCCUGAUGAAAAUCCCGCUGGUGGUGUAUGGCUGUCAGAAUGAACGAUUUGGCGGCUGCGGCUCUGUUCUCAAUAUUGCCUCUGCUGACCUACCCAAUACUGGGAAACCAUUUCAGUGCAUUCCUGGAUAUCGGGCUGACGAAGCAGUGGAAAUGUUAAAGGCCUUCUACAAGCAAGAAAACCCAAAUGCUCCAAAAUCGAAAGUUCGGAAAAAGGAAUGUCAAAAAUCUUGA